CGAGCAAAAUAAAAUGUAGCACGAUGUAAAACUGGUUCGAAACGCGACGGUCCUUUGCUCGGAGCAGAUGUUACCAUUCUACCGAGUACAAUUUGAUCUUGUAUAAACAAUUGACGUAUAUGAAAUGGCAAUAAAUUGUUGUACGGUUUAAAAAAGAAAUUAUACGCUGCGUAAGUAGUGCCGAAAUUUUCCACAGUGGGAUUGUAAAAUGUAACAACAUGACUUAACGUGAAGUGUAACGUGAAUUCUACAGAGCGUGUUACAUUAUAAAAAAUACUAAUCGUCUGAUCGCUAUUGCUGGGUCGAAUAAUGAGCGCAACACUCCAGGAGUUUUAUACACUUCGAGCUCGGGAGAAUGAACGAAGGAGGAAGUGGAUUACUGUUGUCGAAUAACUAGAAACGAUAAAACUUGGGAGCUAAAUAAAAAUUCAAGAAUAUGGACGCUUUGAAGAAAGAGGAAAAUCGUUAGAUUAGACAGCUUCUUAUAAUCCUAUACCGAGAACCAAAGCUCUCUAAUAAUUUUUUGUCUUUCGUCACACGUUUAAAUAUGUCUAAAUUAUCGUUUCCUCUAAAUAAGUCUUGAAAUGUGGCUUACGACAAGUCGCAGCCUCUAAAAUCCCACUGUUUAAAAAAGAGAUCCACGAGACUAUGUGCAAACAUACUUACGUAGCAUGUACAGCAAUUUUUAUCGUUAGACUGCGGAUUUUUAUGCAAAGUGAAAAAUUUAUUGUAACAAUUUAAAGGACGUGUUUCCGACAAACGUCUUAAACAAGCAUUUCAACAACUUUCGAUAUUCUGAACUGUCUUAUAUAUUACACACGGCGUUUAUCAUUUCUGCACAUCGAACUUUCGUUUAGUUGCAUAAAAUCCGCAGUCUAUUUAUCAUGCACUUCUAAUGACGAUUGUUGACUGUUAAUUGUUUUCUUUGGAUCCAGUACGACGGACCAGCUGUUUCUCGAUACAUGAUAAGAUGAAAUCGUGGGAUGUUGCGUGGAUAAGAAAAUUUUAUGGAACGUUCGUGAAAAUCGGUGUGCGUUCGUUUUCGUUGCCGCGUUAGUUGAUUGUUCUACAAGCUCGGAUUGUGCGCGGCUAUUCAUUAGACUGCGGAUUUUCAUGCGUUCGUCAUGUCGCUUUAAAAGCCCAUUUCAGAUGGUCCAUUCAGAUAAAAGUCCAUUCAGACAUCUCUUUCAUUCUUCGAAAAUAACAUGCAUGGUCAGACUUAUCUACGAAUACAUCGAAUCCGCAGUCUAUUUAUUAAUAACGAAUACUGUUACGUACUCGCUUCGUAAUUUAUUCUGAUCUGCGAGAGCAGAUGAGGGACGAAGAUGGAACUGUUGACGGGGAGAAAGAAAAGUUUAUUGCCACGUUCUUCCACGAACCGAUGCUCGGACCCGAGUUUAAUUGAAACCUGCACAACUAUUUAAACGAACACGAAGGCGUUUUUUACAUGUAAUUAACGUGUGUUAAAAUAAUGUACGAGGGCACCUACCUCGAUUCUGCAACUGUUCUCUUGUUGCCUCUUCGUUCUUCUCUUCAUACACGUUUAGGUUUCACUGUCAUCGUCACAACACGCGAUUCGCGAUAAGAGAAUCGGAAAAACGUGAAUACGAGAAGAGUACAAGAGUAAACGAUUUUUCGGUGAACUCGGUUCGAGCGAGCUAAUAGCACGCGCGGAACUGAACUAGCAGCGUAUCGCAUUCCAAUUCGAGCAAUCGUUGCGGUACGAAUUAAUUAACCGAUAGAGCUGGUAUUGGAACGGAAAAUCGGAAACGAUCCUUACGACGUGACUAUAGUUUAAAAAACGGUGGUCGCAGUGGUUUAAGAUUUGCGGAAUUUCGAUGGCAGCGUCGCCCGUUGAGGGAUAGUGGAACUCAGGUUUCACUCGAGGAAUUUUUUUCUCAUUAUUCUUCGAAUGACCUGGCAUGUCGCGCAAGCCGCGAGCUCGGAGCUUUGGCUAAUAGAGAGAGAGAGAAAACAUCGGUUUUCCUCUGUUUCUCUUGAAGCGGCGCAAGAGCGCACAAAACGAAAAACGAAAAAUUGGAAAUGAAAUGUUGUCAAGACAAUCUUAAUAGAUUAGACUUAAGUAAUUAGAUCGCAACCGUAGUUCCCUGCUUUGUUCCAGUUCUAAAGAACAGCGAGCCUGUCCCUUCGCACAUUCAAAUUACUAAUGAUACAAUAUAUUUUAACGCAAUGCGAGUAUUAUGUGUCAAAAGCCGGUAAAAAAAGUCACCGGCCAUAACACCAAACAAUUUCAAAAGAGCGUAAAGAAAACUCGUAAAAAUACAAGCAAUGUACGCCAGAAAUAUCCAACAAGUAGAUACGUAUUUGUUAAUCGGAAUUCAUAACGAAAGCAUAAAAAUAAUAGUGUAGGAACAAUUACAAUACUUACGUGAAGUAGUAAAUUCGUCGUAAGAGAGUAAACGUUUACACUUUACACUGGUAACAAUUACGUGCGUAUAAAAAGGUUUCGAGAUUAAAGUCGAACGCCGGUACAACAGUAAUUACAAUACUUAAGUAAUAAAUGCGUCGUAAGCAAGCUUCUACAACCGUAACCGUUACGUACGUUCGAAAGAGAGGAAAUGAAAAUGCCGGACGACUGAGCCAGCUGAUUGGAGAAUAUGGGGUCACCUUACGCGGCGCCACGGCUACCGCGCGAAAAUUCAAAAUCACUCGACUUUCACUGUCAGUGACACGAGUUUCAUUGUUCCUCAAAGCACGGCGUUAUGGUCGAAAUUCCUCAAAUCUUACGACACUGGGUGGUCGUCGAUUGAAAAAGGACGGUUCCUUAGUCUCAAUUACUAGUUGAAAAUGUCUCCCUCGACGGAGACGCGCUAAAACUGCUUGGUCUUGUUUAUUAGUGACAAUCGGGAGUUUCAGUCUGUAAUCACUGCCAUAUCACGAUACAGAGUCAAUAAGCAACAGCGAUUCCAGUGCUCUCUGGUGUAACCUGCAUGAAGAUUUAUACAGAUUUUUAUACGUUGAACUGAAUUGGAAUGGUUUUUGAAUAUUACAAAUUUGUAUAAUAUAACUUUAAAAUGACGACUCAAGACAGCCAGCUUGAUGCUGAUGUGAAAAUUUAUUUCGUAAUAUUGAGCAAACUUGAAUCUGAAAAUGACUGCGGCGAAGAUACCUGGAAUGCUUUUAACAAAUGCUCCGAGUAUAAUCUGGACCCGGUGUGGAUCACUGAAAAGCAAUGUGGAAAGAUGCAGCCUACUAAAGGUGAUGUUUUUAUUUUAGAAGAAUUUGCAGGUGACACAUUUGACAGACUAAAAACAUUUAAAUGUUCCAUAAUUGGGCCGAGAUGUCUGUUGAUUUGCUUUGCUAAUGGAGAACCAAUUCCAGCUGGUACAAAUCCAGUAUACACAACAGCUAUGAGAAAUCUUUGUAUCUGUGCAUCAGGUCUAUCUCCAGAAGAAAAAGAAAAUGUACAAAAGCUAGUGGAAUAUAUGGGAGGACUUUUUACGAAACCUUUACGUAGCCACGUAACACAUCUUGUCACAGGGUCUGUGUUUUCUGCAAAAUAUGAGAGAGCUGCGAUGGAUAUGAAAAUACCAAUUGUCACCAAAAAAUGGGUCGAAGCAAUUUGGGAAGAAAAUUUAAAGCAUUUUACUAAGCCCGAUGACGAAAUAUUUGACAAAUAUAAAGCUCCAGUAUUUCUUAAUUUAAUUGUAACAGCAACCAAUCUCCAGAAGCGCCAAAAAGAAGAGUUGAAACGUUUAAUCGGCGAUAACGGAGGAACAUUGAUGGGUCCUUUGGAUCCUAGCAUAGUGAAAGUCGUACUCGUACCGGAGAACAGUCCAAUGAGUGAAAAGUUAAAAUUUGCGAAAAAGAUGAAUAUCCCUUGUCUGCUACCAGACUGGGUGUACGACAGUAUAAAGGUGGGAUACGCUUUGCCUUUUAAAGACUAUCUUAUUAAGACGUUGACGGCAUGUUCCACUCCAGAAAGGUCGAAUGUUCCAGUGGACGCGAGUAUUGAUUGUUCUUCGAUAAGUACCAUCACAUGUGAUGCACCACAGAGAAGUUGCAUUAGCGAGAGCCUAACCAAUCCUUUUUUGGAUUCAAUGUCACACACAUCUACUGUUUCAGAAAAUUCAAUUGUGGACAGGCUCACGUUUGGCGAAGCAAAAGCGGCCGGACCGUUUUUAGAUGGUUGCUGCAUUUAUCUCGCUGGAUUCUCUACUCAACAAAGAGAUAAAAUUAACAGGAUAUUAAACGUAGGAAGCGCGACUCGACUUGAUGACAUAUCUGAUGCCAUAACACACGUUAUUGUUGGGGAUAAAAGUAAAGCAGGCGCUGAAUUGAAAUUGUUGAAGUCAAAACGAUUAAGUCCAUAUAUACUGACAAUAGACUGGUUGGAGCAGAGUAUUAAAUUAAAACAACCUGCGCCGGAAGAAAAUUUUUUCUGUGAACAAAGAAACAACACGAUACAAAAUGUUACAGAGGCACCUUCUCCAUUGAGUAAAAAGAAUCUGCAAAUGUUACAAAAACCACGGAAAGUUCCGAUACCGUCGUUUGACAUAGAUCGAAAACUAGCGAUGCUAGAAAAAGAGAAAGAAAAGGAAUCAUCCGAUCUUCUUCAACAAUAUCUUCAAAAUACAACCGGUGAAACAAGAGAGAAAACGAUGGAAGAAACUUUCAAGACUCAUAUGUCUACCUCCGAAGGAAAUAAUGAUAAAACUUUGAUUACUAAUGAAGUGAAUGAAAGAACAGGGCCAAGAGAAUCUGUGAAGCGUGCAACGAGCCAAAGCAAAUAUGUGGCGGACGAUAGCGCGAUGCCUGCAAGUCAGGCUUCCACUUUGAAUUACAGAUUAUUCGAAGGACUGACGUUCGUUGUGACCGGCUUUAGCGACGAAGACAGUUACGUGGUCGAAACUAUAGCAGCAAUGGGCGGAAGAAUCGUUCCCAACAAUUAUGCCGGCAUUCCGGACUUCGGGGUUGUACCAAAAUGUGGGGCACCGUUGAAACAUACGGUGAAUGAAAUUGUUACCGACUUGUUCGUCGAGGAUUGCGUGGCUCAUGAGCAGGUAGUUGACAUAGAGUAUUAUCAUCGACCUCUGAAUAUGAAGAAACACUCCAAUCCGUUGUCAGGGUGCGUUAUCACGAUGAGCGUGUAUGCCGGCGUGGAGCGCACGUAUCUCGCAGCAUUGGCCACGGAAAUGGGUGCAAUGUGUCAAGAUAUCUUCGUACGUAAAACGAACCGUGAAAAAAAUACGUACGGCAGUACGCACUUAGUUUGUCCGACACCGGAGGGUAACAAAUAUCAAGCGGCGGUGAAAUGGAAAUUACCAGCUGUUAGAGCAGAGUGGCUCAGAUCUUGUGCGGCUGAAACGAAACGAGUCGACGAAACGCCGUUUCUCGUAGGAGAAACUCAAGUUCCUGAAAGGCCUAGUCAAGUUUGCGAUACGAGCCAAGUUUCUCCAGCUGAACCACUGACAAGGAAAAUUGUGACUCCAAAGCGACAUUUGCCGAGUUUACAGAGCCAAGAAAGCAGCUUCGGCAAUACAUCGAUCGUAAAUAAAAGACUGGCUUCAGUUAUGAAUACAUCUGCUCAAUCACCAUUUCACGUGUCGACGCCGGAAUCGCCGUACGGGCAAAUAUUUAAGCCUAAUCCUUCUCCAGAGACGAGAAAGAUGUGGGCAAAAUGGAUUAACGGUUUUCCGGAUUUAAGGGUAGAAGAACCUCCUCUGAAGAAAAGACCACUUAGCACGCCUCUAUCGGAACUUAAAAAACAGUUGUGGAAGAAAUUAAGAAGUUAUCAUGAAGAAGAUACGGUGUCUGGUGAAAACGAUGCGCCGGAAGAAGCGGAAAGAGAAGAUAAUUCCAGAAUGGGCGCUGGCACGUCCAUUAAUAGGAAACUAGAUUUCGCUGAUGAAAAUAGUCCGCAAAACACUGAAAUUAAUAUGCAACUUGCACAAUUGGAUGAAUUACUUCAAAAGACGUCCAACACCUCGGAUAGAUAUUCCCUUUCCGGAGAAAAUGCAAACUCGUACAAAGUACCAACUCCAGAUGCUAUAGAAAAGUGUAUGGUAAAAGAUUCGCAAUUAGUUGAUGCGAUUGUAUGGGAAGAUCCCAGUCACUCGAAACGGUUAAUGAUACGAGAUGAAGGGAAUGAAAACAAAGAAGACUGUGACUCUGAUGGUCAAAGAGAACAAUUUGAAUCGCCGAAAAGACCAAAAUUCAUGUUAUCCGGCAUAAAGGACAGAACAGCAUAUGAAGAUGUAAUAAAACGGCUCGGUGGCGACGUGUCAACGGAUGCUACUUUUGAUAUGAGCGCCUCGCACGUCCUUUGCAUCAGACCAUCGAGGAAUGAAAAAAUGCUUAGCAGUAUCGCAACUGGAAAAUGGAUUCUACAUUGCAUGUACAUGCGAGAUUGCGAUCAAGAAGGACGGUUUCUCGAUGAAGAAAAGUAUGAAUGGGGGAAUCCAAAAAGUAAAGGGAUUAUACCGGAUCCUACCGGCGAUAUUGAGGAGGCAAUUGCAGCAGCCGCGUUUAGGUGGAGAGUAAAAUUAUUGAAGGAACCGGACGCAUGUCCAUUUCAUAAUAUGGUCGCUUUGCUAUUAGCAGAGGGCGAUAAAUAUGAGAUGUUCAAAAGAUUGAUCGAAGUCGGAGGCGGUACAGUCGUUCAAGCUAGGCCACCGUACGAUAGUCCAACUGGAAAGAAAAUCACACAUUGCUUCGUAAACAUUAAACAAGUCUCGCAGCCGAUCAACUGGGCGAUGUUAGCCAGCAAAGGGAUUUUCUGUUUUUUACCUCAAUACUUGAGCGAUUAUCUCACUUCGCAAACGCCAUUAAAUCCACGUGAGUGCGUCAUACCAGAAUUUAAGAAAUAUUUAACGUUAUUACCAAAAUGAAUCAUGAUUGAAUAAGAAACUCAUUGUAUAAUUUUAUUAUUUGUACAUAGAAAUGAAUACACUGUCAUAUAUUUUCUCAGUUUAAAGUUCGGGUAUCUCGAAUAUAAAUAUGUUUUUGAAACAUGA